AUGGAUUUAUUGUCAUCCAGAUAUCGAAAACCGAAAGGUCGUCAGACUAAAAGACGUAGGAUGCUUGCUGAAAUUUCAAGAAGAUAUCAUUCUCAGAAAGGGAAUGAUUCAAUUGCAGAAGCAUCUUCCUCUGAUAUUCAGGCAAGUUGUUCUGCAAUAUCUGCAACUGAAGGUCCGAGUUGUUCAUUCAGCCACAAUUAUGCUACUCCUGAAGCAAGUUAUAUACUUAUGGGCACAGAGAUGUGGAGAGAUUUACUGUUGCAAGUGCCUUGCAAAUUUUGUAGUCAGUGUGGUUUGCAAUUGGUGCAACACCAUUCUCUCGGCUAUUCUUUAAAAUUGGAACUUCUCUGUGGCUCAUGCGGAGAGUCUUUUGGCACAACUUUCUCGAGUUGUCGAGAAGACACAAACUCGUCUUUUGAGAUAAAUAAUAAGUUAGUCAGCGCAUUUUUGGCCAUUGGUAGAGGACAUGCUGCAUUAGAGACUUUUUCCGCUGUAUUAAACAUGCCCUCUAUGGAUAAAAAAACCUUCUCCAAAUGUCUGCAUAAUUUAUCGGUGAAAAACAAAGAACUAAAAGUGAAAAUGCUCGAAAUAUCUCGCCAAAUUGUGAGAGAAUCUCACAUGAGUGUAGAUUCUGUAAACACUACAGACAUUCUAGACAUAAGUGUAUCUUAUGAUGGCACGUGGCAAAAAAGAGGCCACACAUCUAAUCUUGGAAUGGGAAUAAUAAUUGAUGUCCUGACAGGUCUUGUAUUAGACUAUGAAAUCCUUUCCAAGUACUGUCAGGAUUGCACUGUCACAGCAAGUGAUCUUGGCGCAGCCAGUGCUGAAUUCAGUAUCUGGCAAAGUGCUCAUCAGGAUGAGUGUGAAAAAAAUUUUGAAGGAAGUUCGGGCUCUAUGGAAAUGCAUGCAGCAUAUGUAAUGUGGAGCCGUUCCGUAAAGGAGUGUGGCAUGCGUUAUACUUCUAUUCUGAGUGACGGCGACUCAAAAACUUAUCAGUUUUUAUUGGAGAACAAAGUUUAUGGUGAUAUUACAGUAUCAAAGGAGGAAUGCUUGAACCAUGUUGCGAAGCGACUUGGAACAGCGCUUCGUAACAAGGUGAAAGAAUGGCGAAUUAAAAAAGUUACCUUAGGCGGCAGAAAAAAAGGAAAUUUGACGGAGGCAAACAUUCUGAAACUUCAGAAUUAUUAUCGCAAAGCAAUAAGACAGAAUGUACCUGAUAUUUCAAAAAUGAAAAGCGCAAUUUAUGCAAGUUUGAAACACUGUUCAUCAACCGACGCAAAGCCGAGCCACAGCCAUUGCCCUGAAGGUGCUUCAUCCUGGUGUUUUUUUCAGAGAGCCAUUGCUGAAGGGAGACCCAUUGCUAAGCAUUCUCAAAUGAAAAUGUUUCUCUCGCAAGCAGUGGUAGAAAAAAUAAUGCCAGUGUAUCAACGGCUGGCAUCUGAGGAAAUUUUAAAACGUUGUGUUGCUGGCAAGACCCAGAACCGUAACGAAAGCCUCCAUAGCUGUAUAUGGAGGAAGUGCCCUAAAGAGGUAUUUGUCUCAAAAAAAAGACUUGAAAUUGCUGUGUUUGAGGCAGUAGAAGAAUAUAAUUUAGGCCAUGUAAGAUCAUUACAAAUUUCGACAGAUGAAGCAGCACUACUCGAAAACAGUUUUUCUUUAACGAUCGCUCAGCGAAAAGAUCGCAGAAGGAAAGCUCAAAAAAAUCGCUGUAUCCCAAAAAAACGAGCAGCAAAGAAUGAUAAAGCAGCAUAUGCUGCUGGUGCUUUUUAG